AUGGUCAGAAGACAAGAAAGUGUAACUAAAAGAAUGUGGCCAUGGACUCCGGAACUACUGAUGCUGAUUGUGAUCUUUUGGAGUCCUCAGGGGAAUGGACAAGGCCAAGGAUCUCGUCUUCGUCAGGAAGACUUCCCCCCACGGAUUGUGGAGCACCCCUCAGAUGUCAUUGUUUCCAAGGGGGAGCCCACCACAUUGAACUGUAAGGCAGAGGGCCGGCCCACGCCCACCAUUGAGUGGUACAAGGAUGGCGAGCGGGUGGAGACCGACAAGGACGACCCGCGCUCCCACAGGAUGCUGCUGCCCAGCGGAUCCUUGUUCUUCCUGCGCAUCGUGCACGGCCGCAGAAGUAAACCCGAUGAAGGAAGCUACGUUUGCGUUGCAAGAAACUAUCUCGGUGAAGCAGUGAGUCGAAAUGCAUCUCUGGAAGUGGCAUUGUUACGAGAUGACUUCCGGCAAAAUCCCACAGAUGUUGUGGUGGCAGCUGGAGAGCCUGCCAUCCUGGAGUGCCAGCCCCCCAGAGGACACCCCGAACCCACCAUCUACUGGAAGAAAGACAAAGUUCGAAUUGAUGACAAGGAAGAAAGAAUAAGUAUCCGUGGUGGAAAAUUGAUGAUCUCCAAUACCAGGAAAAAUGAUGCAGGGAUGUACACCUGUGUUGGCACCAAUAUGGUGGGAGAAAGAGACAGUGAUCCAGCAGAGCUGACUGUUUUUGAACGACCCACAUUUCUCAGGAGACCAAUUAACCAAGUGGUGCUGGAGGAAGAAUCAGUUGAAUUUCGUUGUCAGGUCCAAGGAGAUCCUCAACCAACUGUGCGGUGGAAGAAGGAUGAUGCAGACUUACCAAGAGGAAGAUAUGACAUCAAAGAUGAUUACACACUGAGAAUUAAAAAGGCCUUGAGUAUAGAUGAAGGCACUUACAUGUGCAUUGCUGAGAAUCGGGUUGGAAAAGUGGAAGCCUCUGCCACCUUGACUGUUCGAGCUCCUCCACAGUUUGUGGUUAGGCCGAGAGAUCAGAUUGUUGCACAAGGUCGAACAGUGACAUUUCCCUGUGAGACUAAAGGAAACCCGCAGCCAGCUGUGUUUUGGCAGAAAGAAGGCAGCCAGAAUCUGCUUUUCCCAAACCAACCACAGCAGCCCAAUAGUAGAUGUUCUGUGUCACCAACCGGAGACCUCACGAUCACCAACAUUCAACGUUCAGAUGCGGGUUACUACAUUUGCCAGGCCCUAACUGUGGCAGGAAGCAUUUUAGCAAAAGCUCAACUGGAAGUUACGGAUGUUUUAACAGAUAGACCUCCACCCAUAAUUCUACAAGGCCCAGCCAACCAAACACUAGCAGUAGAUGGCACAGCAUUACUGAAAUGUAAAGCAACUGGUGAACCUCUUCCUGUAAUUAGCUGGUUAAAGGAGGGAUUCACUUUUCUGGGCAGAGAUCCAAGAGCAACUAUACAAGAGCAAGGAACAUUGCAAAUUAAAAACUUACGGAUUUCUGAUACUGGAACUUACACUUGUGUGGCUACAAGUUCAAGUGGGGAGACUUCCUGGAGUGCUGUGCUGGAUGUCACAGAAUCUGGAGCAACAAUCAGUAAAAAUUAUGAUUUAAAUGACCUGCCAGGACCACCAUCCAAACCACAGGUCACUGAUGUUACUAAGAACAGUGUCACCUUGUCCUGGCAACCAGGUACCCCUGGAACCCUCCCGGCAAGUUCAUAUAUCAUUGAGGCGUUCAGCCAAUCAGUGAGCAAUAGCUGGCAGACAGUAGCAAACCAUGUAAAGACCACACUCUAUACAGUGAGAGGACUGCGGCCUAAUACAAUCUACUUAUUCAUGGUCAGAGCAAUCAACCCCCAAGGCCUCAGUGACCCAAGCACUAUGUCAGAUCCUGUGCGCACACAAGAUAUCAGCCCACCAGCACAAGGAGUGGACCACAGACAAGUACAGAAGGAACUGGGAGAUGUCAUUGUUCGUCUUCAUACUCCGGUUGUUUUGACUCCCACGACUGUUCAAGUCACAUGGACAGUGGACCGGCAGCCUCAGUUUAUUCAAGGUUACCGUGUGAUGUAUCGCCAGACCUCAGGCCUGCAGGCCACACCAACAUGGCAGAAUUUAGAUGCUAAAGUCGCAAAUGAGCGAAAUGCUGUCUUAGUCAAUCUCAAAAAGGGGGUGACUUAUGAAAUUAAAGUACGACCUUACUUUAAUGAGUUCCAAGGAAUGGAUAGUGAAUCCAAAACAGUUCGUACUACCGAAGAAGCCCCAAGUGCUCCCCCACAGUCUGUCACUGUGCUGACAGUCGGAAGCCACAACAUCACAAGUAUUAGUGUUUCCUGGGACCCUCCUCCUCCAGAUCAUCAGAAUGGAAUCAUCCAAGAGUACAAGAUCUGGUGUCUGGGAAAUGAAACACGAUUUCAUAUCAACAAAAGUGUGGAUGGAGCCAUUCGGUCUGUAAUAAUUGGUGGAUUAUUCCCAGGUAUUCAAUACCGGGUAGAGGUUGCAGCAAGUACCAGUGCAGGGGUUGGAGUAAAAAGUGAACCACAACCAAUAAUAAUCGGUGGACGAAAUGAAGUUGUCAUUACUGAAAACAAUAACAGUAUAACUGAGCAAAUCACUGAUGUUGUGAAGCAACCAGCCUUUAUAGCUGGUAUUGGUGGCGCCUGCUGGGUAAUUUUGAUGGGUUUUAGCAUCUGGUUGUAUUGGCGAAGAAAGAAGAGAAAGGGACUCAGUAAUUAUGCUGUUACAUUUCAAAGAGGAGAUGGAGGACUAAUGAGCAAUGGAAGCCGUCCAGGUCUUUUAAAUGCUGGGGACCCCAAUUAUCCGUGGCUUGCUGACUCAUGGCCAGCCACAAGUUUGCCAGUCAACAAUAGCAAUAGUGGCCCAAAUGAGAUUGGGAAUUUUGGGCGUGGAGAUGUGCUGCCACCAGUUCCAGGCCAAGGGGAUAAAACAGCAACGAUGCUCUCUGAUGGAGCCAUUUACAGCAGCAUCGACUUCACUACCAAAACUACUUACAACAGCUCUAGCCAAAUAACACAAGCUACCCCAUAUGCCACAACACAGAUCCUGCAUUCCAACAGCAUUCAUGAAUUGGCUGUCGAUCUGCCUGAUCCACAGUGGAAAAGCUCAAUUCAGCAAAAAACAGAUCUGAUGGGAUUUGGUUAUUCUCUACCUGAUCAGAACAAAGGUAACAAUGGUGGAAAAGGUGGAAAAAAGAAGAAAAAUAAAAACUCAUCUAAACCGCAGAAAAACAAUGGAUCGACUUGGGCCAAUGUUCCUCUACCUCCUCCCCCUGCCCAACCCCUUCCUGGUUCAGAGCUGGAACACUACGCAGUGGAACAGCAAGAAAAUGGCUAUGACAGUGAUAGUUGGUGCCCGCCAUUACCAGUACAAACAUACUUGCACCAGGGCCUGGAAGAUGAACUGGAAGAGGACGAUGAUCGUGUCCCAACACCUCCUGUCCGAGGGGUGGCUUCAUCUCCUGCUAUUUCCUUUGGACAGCAGUCCACAGCAACGCUCACUCCAUCCCCACGGGAAGAGAUGCAACCCAUGCUGCAAGCUCACCUGGAUGAGCUGACAAGGGCCUAUCAGUUUGACAUAGCAAAGCAAACAUGGCACAUUCAAAGCAAUAAUCAACCUCCACAGCCUCCGGUUCCACCAUUAGGUUACAUGUCCGGAGCCUUGAUUUCUGAUUUGGAAACAGAUGUUCCAGAUGAUGAUGCUGAUGACGAGGAGGAAGCUUUAGAAAUCCCCAGGCCCCUGAGAGUGCUAGAGCAGACGCCUGGAUCCAGUAUGGACAAUCUGGAUAGCUCUGUGACAGGCAAAGCCUUUACCUCUUCUCAAAGGCCUCGACCAACCAGCCCAUUUUCUACUGACAGUAACACCAGUGCAGCCCUGAGUCAAAGUCAGAGGCCUAGGCCAACUAAAAAACACAAGGGAGGGCGAAUGGACCAACAACCAUCAUUGCCUCAUCGGAGGGAAGGAAUGACAGAUGAGGAGACCUUGGUGCCCUACAGCAAGCCCAACUUUCCGUCUCCAGGAGGUCACAGCUCAUCAGGAACAGCAUCUUCUAAAGGAUCCACUGGACCUCGGAAAGCUGAGAAUAACUGA